CCAUCUUGGCGAGGCUAGUCGGAAACCAACUGCCGAGCAGUGAGGGACGGUGAACGAGACAAGACCCGAUGUGCUAGCCGAAGGAAUUUUUGCGCUUCCGAGCCGAAUUGCCGCUGCGUGCGAGAGAGGCUGAGUGAUAGCGACAACGAAUACACCACGGGGUUUCGAGUACAUAUUCGAAAGCCUAUUUAAGACGGAUAACCACACGUUAUCGGAGAGCCUGACUAUUUCGAGGUCAGCUUUUCUUGUCGGCAAGUUUGUUGGAGCGGUUUGGCGAGCAAGAGAGGGAAGGAGAAAAAGAGAUACAGAGAGCUAAGGCGAAAGAAGAAUAUAUAAGGCGAGAUAUAGUUGUGAGAGGCGUCGGGAUCCAAAGGGUUGAUUAUAGAGAGAGAGAGAAGAGAGAGAGAGAAAGUGGUUUUGACCCUGCUGAUAUCGGAUAAAAUCGUCGAUACGUCGGCAGCUGUAUAAGAGGGGUAAAAUUUAAAAAAAAAAAAACCUGAGAGAAGGAGAAGAAAAAGAAGUGCAGUGCCAAGUCUGUGAUAGUAUUUAUUCAAAAAACGAAAAUAAUUAAAAAAAAAAAAAGAUUUAAAUAAAACUAGAUGAUUGUUUGUUUAAAGGAGAGUUAAAAAGUAAUAAUAAUAAUAAUUAUCAAAACCACAACAACAACAACAACAACAAAUUUAAACAAACAAACAAAUAUUUAGUCGAAACCACGCGAAGAAUAGAUAGGAUUUAUAUUUAUUUAUAUCUGUGAUACCCUAACUGAUAUAUAUUAUAACCUACUUGUUGAAGAGGUGUGUAAAAAAAAAAAAUAAAAAAAAAAACGAGGUAAUAAUCGUACCAUCGGAAGGAGAUCGAGAGACGAAAAAUAAAAACGAAUCACCAGCAUAAGCAGGUAUCCACAGAAAAAAAGGGGUAUAUACAUCAAAGGUAUUUAAAAAAAGUGAAGGAAACCAAUAAAAGUUCUACCACCACUUCUACCGAUCUGACGUACAAAGAAUUAGACGGUGUUUACAACACUUGUAUUUAAUCGUCAGACCAACGCAGAACCGAGACCCGAAGAAUAUAAAUAUCAGUAAUACCUGGUUGAUGUAAACGGUUUUAAUUUUCGCUGAUUUUCCGUUCCACCUUUCUCGCUCGGAGAAAUAAAAAAAAAAAAAAAAAAAAAACAAACAAAGCAAAAAGAACCGAGCAUAAAAAAAAAAAAUCGCUCUUGUAAAUAUAUCUACGACUGACUAUUAUUUUUUAUAAUUGUAUUAUAAUAUUAUAAUUAUCGAUUGGUAUCGGUGCAAAGAUUUAAACAUUGGAGAAUAAAUAAAAAUUGUAUAUAAACAAUUUAAAAAAAUCGUACUAUUAUCGGCUGCGUUUUCGGCCUUCGGAUCGUUGCGCGUCUGAUAAAGAGUUUAGAAGAGGAAGUCAAAGAAAUUUAGGCUAUCAGGACCACCGGAAGCAAAAGAGAACACUUUUCCAACAUCUCGCCGAACAAGAUGGUCGAGAAAAUAUUGGAGGAACGUGAAGACGGGCGGCAGGAGUCCGGAAGAGGCGAUGGCGGGUGCAGGGAAAUCGCGUCCAACGGAGAAUCCAUGAGCGCUGUUCAAGCCCGUCAAGAAGAAGCCAGGCGAAAGAGACGCAGGAAGAAACGUUCCGGUUCGUCUCUUGUCUCAUCUUGUUUCCAAGAACUUUACAAGCUUACGGGUGAAGUUCUUGGGGAAGGAGCGUACGCUUCUGUGCAAACCUGCGCUUCCCUGUAUACCGAUUUGGAAUAUGCGGUUAAAAUCAUUGAUAAAAUUCCGGGACACGCGCGUGCCAGGGUAUUCAAAGAGGUUGAAACCUUCCAUCAUUGUCAGGGACACGCCAACAUCAUACAACUUAUCGAGUUCUUUGAGGAUGACGAGAGGUUCUAUUUGGUGUUUGAGAAAGUAAACGGAGGGCAGUUACUGAACAGAAUUCAAGAGAGAAUUCACUUCACCGAACGUGAGGCGAGCGAAAUUGUCAAAGAGAUAGCCAGCGCCUUGAAUUUCCUCCACAAGAAAGGAAUAGCGCACAGGGAUCUAAAACCUGAAAACAUCUUGUGCGUCCAUCCGGACAAGCUGACGCCCAUAAAAGUUUGCGACUUUGACUUGGGCUCAGGGAUUAAGUUCAACAAUUCGCUGUCAAGCCCAAUUGCAACACCGCAAUUAUUAACGCCUGUCGGUAGUGCUGAAUUCAUGGCACCUGAAGUGGUCGAAGCUUUCAUCGGCGAGGUGAAUUCUUACGAUAAACGCUGCGACUUAUGGAGCCUGGGUGUUAUCAUGUAUAUACUGCUGUGCGGAUACCCUCCGUUUUAUGGAAAUUGCGGCACUGAUUGCGGCUGGGAGAAAGGAGAGAAUUGCCAGUCUUGUCAAGAGCUUUUAUUCACCAGUAUCCAGGAGGGUAGAUACGAAUUUCCUGAUAGGGAAUGGCGAUGCAUUUCGGAGGAUGCAAAGGACUUGAUCAGAGGAUUGUUGGUCAAGGAAGCUCACCAAAGACUCAGCGCCGAGAGUGUGUUGAAACACCAUUGGAUUAAUCCUGGACCAACAGGCGAGGAAGGGGGUGACAGGUCGCUGACCACUCCACAAAUUAUUAGAAGGAAUAAUUCAGCUCGUGAAUUGUCGGCAUUCGCGGAAUCUGCUAUGGCUGUUAACAGAGUCGUUCUACAACAUUUCUCAGUUAAUUUGGAAGAAUUGGCCGAGAAUAGAGAGCCGAGAUUAUCUACGUCGUCGACCGAUGAGGACAAUCAUCCGUACGGACAUAUGUCGGAUUCCAGCAGCGAAUUGUCAGAGCAUGGAAAAAAUUGCGUCACUCAUUCCUCGAGCGAGUUUGACACACCUCGGGCAAAGUCGUGUUCCGUUCACUCGAGCAUUGACUUGAGCGAUUUGAAGAUCAUCGGCAGGAAUCGACUCAUUGGUAAGGAGUCUCUCAAUCUGUUCGGGCUUUCACCCCCUAGCGAGAGCAGACUGAUGCAGAGGAGACUCAAGGCGCGUUCAAGUCUACUCGAACGUCGCACCGACUCAAUUGUAGCGUCGCCAAGUGGCUGAUAGGCGAUGUGAUGAUUUCAGAUUUGGAAACUAUGUCAUCUUUUGUCGCAUCUACUCGUAUCAACGAAAAGAGAAACUGAGAAAUUGUUGAUAUACGCAUUAAACAAUGAGAGGAAAUUUUUUUUUUUUUGCUUUGAUUCUUAAGGAAAUUUGAAAUUGUAAUUGAAAAUUUUCUUGUUCUGCGGUUGACGUUAAUACGGCUAUAAUGAUAUUGUAGCCACUCUUCCCCUGACGUGGCGUUACACUUUUUCGGUAAUUUGCUUUUAACAUUUUUUAUUUAUUUUUAUUUUAUUUUAUUUUAUUUUUUUUUUUUUGUCACAGUUUUUGUUAAUAAUAAGAAUACCUAUGAAGUGGAAAAUUAAUUCUAAACUUGAGAGAAAAACAAAAAUAAAAUACGAGAGGAAAAAAGUUGAAAACAUUACCGCCGAGGCUGAAAUUAUCUGAUGCAAACAUUCGACACAAAGUACCCACUGACACGUAUAAAUUUGAUAGUGUUUCCGAUUACGUACGUUUAAAUUCAGACUUUGAUAUCGGUAUAUGGUAAAUCUGUGAAAAAUAUGUACAUGCAUAUUAUUACAUUUUGAAAUUCUCUCACUACUACUACUAUUCUACCUCUUUCUCUCUCGCUCUCCCUCACUUUUUCUCUGUCUUGAAUUUAAUUGUAAAAGCCUUUUUACAUUUCGUUAUUUUAUAUGAUAAUUUUUAAUCAAUCAUUAAUGACCGAAUUUUGUAAAUUGUUGCCCGCCCUUUGAGAGCCCGGGGUGCACUGUAAAAGGUUUGCUCAUUAGGAAGGUAGAGGGUAGAUUUUAAGGUUGAAGUAGGGCAGAGUCGCGGUGGGCGAGAAGAGAGAAAAGAGCAAUUUCGUAGGUAUUGUAAGAAGAUUGAUAAAAUUGUAAAAUUAUCAUUGAUUAAUCGUAAAAAGAAGGAAGAAAAAAAGUGUUGAAAUUUGUACCUGUACCUUAAGGCAGAUAAUUGAAACAAAAAACAAAAAAAAAGUAGAUGAGUGUAAAAAUAUAAAAAGUGCAAAUCAGUAGUAAAAGAGAUAAACCUGUUGCGACGUUCGAGUCUCUGUUGAUGAUGAAUUUAAAGAUUUAAAUCUAUUAAUUAUUGUGUAAUUAUAGAAUUUUAACGAAUCAACUACCACCUUUCCAAUGGGUUUGUACAACGCUACUUGAUAUGUAACAUUGUAGUAUAUAUUGUAGUUGAGACAGACACAGGGAGUUAUUUUUGGGGAUCAUUCAUGGGAGUUGGAUCUGUAGUGCAAGUUUCAUUUAACGGUCAACUCAGUCAUGGAAAUAUAUUGGCGUAUUUCUUCGCAAUAUUAUAAAGAAAAAACAAAAUUUUUCAAACGAUUAUUAUUAUUGUUAUUAUUACUAUUAAUACUACUUCUGCUACUACUAUUAGACAUAUUAUUAAUAAUAUUAUUAUAUUCUCAAGUAACAGUAUUGUAGGUUUGUUCAUUCUGGGUAUGCAGGAUGUGCCGUGUUGACUCCAAAUUCGGAACUUUUGAAUUACGUCCGUUGAUCGUGUUUUUUUUUUUUUUUUUUUUUUUGGAACACUACCUUGCACUAUUUUUCCAAUUUCCCACCUUUCUUGCGUCUUUUUUUCUGAGAUACGAACCUGUGCAUUUGUUGAGAAAAGAAGUCGCUAAACAUUUUCGUACUAUUGUAUUACGGCGAGAGAAAUUGUAGAGGUAACUCAGGGCAGACCCAAGAGCUGUAUAAACCCUUGUAUUACACUUUCCAUAGGAAAAAAACAAACAACAAAAGAACAAAAAAUAAGUAGAAUAUGAACAAAACAACACUUACACUGGCACAAAAAUAUACUGUACAAAUAUUUUCACGUACUACAACUGUAUUGUAUUAACCGAUGUUACUGGUCAUCGGUUAGGUUGGUCAUGACAAAUUUGCACAGUUAUUUACAAAACAGGGAAAACCAUAGAAAAAAAAUUAUACGUUUAAUACACACUGCGCAGUGUUGGAAAAUUUCUGAGCGAAUCUCUGUGAAAUCAAUUUCCGCCGACGUGACUAAACUUUGAGCAGGUGGACAGUUGCAAUUAAACCAAACAACUGUCUUGUUUUAUAAGUCAUGAAAUGACUGCUCAGGAACUGUCUGACAAAAUAUUCGGAGAAAGACGGGAGAAAAUGAAAAGAAAACACAUUUUGCAAAGAAUAAUAGCGAUUGAACUAAGUUCAUCGCCAGUUGGGAACUAUUCUUUUAUUUCCUCUUUCUCGAGUUUAAACUCUUACGAUAUGUUGUUUAAUAAUCAUUGGGAAUAGUUUCGAGCUCCAAUGUGAAUGAAAACUUGUCAUUUCCUUUCUUUUUCUCCUCCCUUUUUCAAAAUGAAAAUAUUUAAUCGCGUAUAAUUUUACGCGAGAAAUGUUGAACCGCCGUAGAAAAAAAAAAGAAAGAAAAAAAAAUUUAAUAAUAGCAGUAAUAAUAUUAAUAAUAAUAAAGGCCAUAAUACCGAUUUAACGUUAUUUCUAACGAUUUUUGUAAGCGGUAAAUGGAUGCGAGUGACAUUGAAUGGGAAAGAAAGAAAAAAAAAAAAAAAAGAAGAAAGCAGGAAAAAAAAUAACUACUAGCGUAAGCACUUUCUUGUAUAGUGUUAUUAAGAUGUAAUUUUAAGCCUUCCCCUCGUUUAUACCCAACGUGAUCUUUAAGUUUUACGCAAUGCCAUAAAGAGGGACAAAUUAAUUAUUAACAAUCAUUCAUUCGUUUAUAAACACAUCCUUGUUGUACGCAGUCACAUAUUUAUUUACAUCUUCUGGACUUCAAUAUUGUAAUAGGUUUAUUUAGCAAGAAAAUUGACAGUAGAUCAAUUUCUUACGUACUUGUACAUUGCGUUUAUACUUUUGUCGUUACUACAAUAUACAUCUUACGUAUAUUUUCUAUACCUAUACGUUAUCGUUUCCAGUGUCCAAGAACGUUUCUUACAUCGUCGAUACCUUAUAGGAAGUCAUUUUAUUGCAUCGUAAUCAAUACACUUGUCCCUCGAUAUUGCACAGCGGAAGACGACCCUCAACCUGAAUAUUGCACUUCAGUUUAAUGUACAAGCUGUGUUAAGGAAAAGACAAAAAAAAAAAAGAAAAAAAGAAAAAAAAUGAGGUGUGAAAGAGAAGAAAGAAAUGUAUGUUUUUUCUUUCGUUACAGUACGAUUUCAACAGUUUGUGUUGAUCCGUUGUAACAUUGUCAUGUUGAUAUAUAAAUGUCCAAUCAAGGUAUGUAAUCUGACUAACUGAUCGUGUAAUAUUUGGGCUUGAGGACAAAGAAAAUAAGAAAAUUGCAAAACAGAUGAAGUAAAUAAAUAGAUUUUCAUUACUUUUUUUAAAUAACGCUCUGAGAGAGUUCGAGAAAUAAAUAUGAAAAAAUGAAAAAAAAAAAAAAAAUAAUAAAAAAUCAUGAGUCGUUUUUUAAUUGGUUGUACGUUUUUUUUUCUUGUUUUUGCCAUACUCCUUAAUCACUAAUCUUUCGUCUCGGAAUUAUCGUUACGACUUAGGUCUUACUUUUUUUUUUUUCUAUCGAAUUCAUUUUUCCACUUCUUCGCUUCACUUCUGUAACCUCACUCAUAUUUUAUUUCAAGCACAUUAUGUAUAUCUCUAAAUUACCCUAUAUCUACAUACAUAUAAUGUACUGUCAGUCCUCGCGAAAAAAUCGUCAAAUAACGAACGAAUGAGUAAUACCUAAUGAUAAUAAUAAUAAUUGAUCGAUGUAAAUGCUAUGUAAAUAAUUAUACUUUAACUCCUUGUACGGUGCAAGAUUUUACGAAACUUAGUUGUGAUAACUAGGAACGUAAAAAAUUUAUCCUGAUGCAAUAAGUUCAUAAGAAAAAAUCGUCGAAUAAAUCAUAGCGUCAACUCUCUGCGAUACUAGAUCGUCUGACGAUAAAUUUUUCAGGUUUUUCAAUAUAGUCCUGUGAAAAAUGUCUGUUCCCGAUAUCACUACAACGCAAUUUCAACACACAUUAUAAUAAUGUGUGAAAUAUUUACUCGGGCGCAUUAAGCGACUAAUUGCGUAAAAUCUUGGGUUACCUAAUUAAUUUUACUAACUUCGUAUGAUAUGUUGAAUGGACUACGAGUGUACAUAACAAAGAGCUAUUAGUACACGCCUAUAUGAUAGAUAUAGCGUACCCUAGUUUCCCAAAAAAAAAGAGAAAGAAAGAAGAAAAACGAAAAAAAAAAAAAACAAAAAAUACAAAACACAUUUAGAACAAAUUAUUGCAAAAAAUGUUGAAAAAAACGAAAAAAAAAACAUUUAAAAGGAAAGAAAAAAGAAAAAAAAAAUGCCAAAAAUAUAAUUUUUUAUUUUUCAUACCCGUAGACAUACGAAUAUAUUUUUGACGCUGGUGAAGAGAUUCUUCGAGAAAUGCAAUCGUCGCAAUAUAAAUAAAUAUACAUGAUAACAUGCAUGUAUGUAUAUGUGCAACGAGUGAAACUUUCGACCACUGCAUUUCUGGGCGAAGGCAUAAUUAGUAUUAGACGAUGUUUUGUACUGGGGCUGCUUUGCUGAAGACCUUUGUUAGCGAACGAGGCCUAAAGGUGGAUCGAAGUUAUGUUCGAGUUGCGUGUAGAAAUUUAUAACAAUGCCAAAUGUCGCGAAAGAGUGAAAAUAAUUUGAAGAAAAAAAAAAAAAAAAAAAACACAAAUUUCAUUUUUAAUGUUCAAUUUGUAUCCGCAAAUGGGAUACAUAAAUACACAGAUGAUAUAUCGUCGGAUAUUUUUUUUUUUUUUUUUUAUUCAAGGCUAGAACAUUCUUCACGCAGCUUUUCAUGUGUGUAGUAAAAAAAAUUCGAUUGUGUUUAAAAAUUGCAGAAGAGCAUCAAUACAUAGAGGUAUUUUUCAAGGCGCAAGUUAGCGUAGUGAAACACAAAUGUUGAGACUGGAUUGUGAACGUACAAACUUUAUUGUAAACCUAAUAAUAAUAAAUUCAAGAUUUAUUGAAUUAAAUACCGAAAAUUUGAAUGUUGGUUUUUUUUUUUUUUUUCUCCCGUUUCUUAACAUAGCUCCGAAGCUCUUCGAGUAUAUAUAGCUUUGGCUCUUCGACGAAUAAUUGAUAAAAAUGGUUUACCCUUCCCCUUCCCCUUCCCUCCCUCUUCCCUCACCUCUUUUCAAAAUCCGAUAAACCUGAAUGACGGAGAAAAAAUGAUUUAAAAAAAAAAUGGUAUCUCCGGAAGGAAGGUUUGGUAAAAGAAUUUUUCAUUCCCGUGUAAGGCCCUCCACCUCCUGCCCUCGGUUUCUUUCAUGCAUCAUAAAUAGUUACUCAUUUAUGUACCAUGUAUAUGUAUGUACAAUAUAUGUAACGUUUUUAUUUUGUAUAAGAAAAGUAGAAUCGCGCCGGCCCAAGAGAAAAAAAAAAAAAAGAAAAAAAGUUGUGUAUAAUAGUCGACGAAAAUUUGCAAAAGGAUGUUAUUAUAAGUCUGGUAAUGAUUAAUUGCCGGGAUGAAAAAUUGAUCCAAGUUAUGGAACGGCGCUUGACGGAGCGAGCAUACAUUAAUGUGCUGUGCAAAUUUUAUAAUGGAAAGUGAGACGUAUCUUUGAUGCCCGUUAUAAUAAAGCUAUCUUGCACCGUCUCAUCGCUUGGUUCAGAUUAAACAGUAAUGUGUAAUUAUACCGGUGUGACAGGGCGACUUUUUUCAUGAAAAUAUUGAAAUUAAAAAACGGUAGCGCCGUUUAAGUUGCAAACAUUGUCGGGCCCUCGAAAAUUAGAAAACAAAAAAGAAAAAAAAAAAACAGAAAAUUAACAAUCUCAUGUACAUAAGACGAAUCAUUAUAACCGCAAAUAAGAAAUGUAAUAAAUCUACGAUAAUAAUGAUACUAUUAAUAUGAAUAUUUUUAAUUCGUUGCGCUUUGAUUUAUAGAUUUAUCUUUAUUUGCGAGUUUAUAUGUAGAGUUUCCACUUUAAUAACACGAGCAGAAUAUUGCGUACGUCUAACAUCAAGUUUUAUCAUGAAACAAUUUGUAAUCGAUUUUAAAAUCGAAUAUAUCCACUAGAAUUGAAUCGGAAACAUUUUUCAACAAGAACGAGAAAAAACUUUCUGUAUCCCUUGUUUCGCGUUACUUUUGCUGCGAGAACUCAAGUCUCGCAAUAAUUUUCAUACUUGUGAUUUCGUCGCAACAAAAGAUCGCAAUUUCUGCACAUAAAUGAGCGUGAAAUAAAAUUAUCAUUAUUUCAUCCAACAAUCUAAUUGUUGAACGUACAUCGGAAACUUGCUAUAGUAUUGUAACUGUACGGAAACGCCUUAUGUCAAAAAAAAAAAUCGGCGAAUUACAUAUGUAUCGUAUAUGUAUGUAUACUUAGUCUACACUUCAGAUCUAAAACGUUAUACAUUUCAGAGUACAUGUACAUAUACAUGUCAAAGGUUUACUAAGUGCAAGAACAUAAAAAAAUCGAUGAAAAUAGGCGGGGAUAACGAAAUGAAAAGAAAAAAAAAGCAAAAAAAUUAAAAAAAAAAAAAAAAUUACAAAACCAAACAAUUAUUAAGAUAAUAGAGAAGAGAUGUGUCUCGAUGGACAAUGUUUGAUAACUACUAUAGACAGAUGACCGCAGUCUUAUAAUGUCCGAUAUCUAUGAUUAAAUAGCUCGAAAAUUAUGCGUAAAAUUGAAAAAAAAAAUCUAAAGUUAAAAGAAGAUCACUUGUCCGUACAUAAUGCAGAAUAACGGUAACGACGGAAAAAAUAAAAAUUGUAGUGAUUAAAAGAGUGCUAUAUACAUUAUAUUUAACCGUAGAUAAAACUCAGCAAAGAAUAUUAUACUUUACAUAUACACGAAAGGGUGAGAAAGUUUUUGUAUUGCAUUGUAUUGUAUUGUAUUGUAUUUGUCGCAGAUGAGAGGGAGUGAAUACGGAGGAAUAUAAUAAGUAUAAGAUCGUCCUUUGAUUGGUAAUGCAAAUAAUAACAAAGAAGCAAGCAUUUUGUAAUUUACAAAUUUAUCGUAGACUCUUAGGUGAAACUUACUUGUAUUAGGAAACAGAAUGCUUGACGAUUUUGUAUUUAUAUUGUAUUUGUACUGCAUUGCAUUGCAUUGUAUUGUAUCGUAUUGUAUUGCAUUGUAUUGAAUGCCUAUAUUAUUGCUUUGUUUCAAAGCAAAGUCGAAAACGAAGUCAUAAUUGCGCUUUCGAAUUAUCGAACGUACACGUGAGUCACGUAAAAGCGGUGGAAAUGUGAAAGAUACAAAGAAUGGUGAAAAAAACCCGAGCAUUUUAUAGAUACCUCUGGUGGUGCACCUAAUCUAACCAUUAUUAAUCGUACUUUAAUUAAUAUGCAUUAUUAAUGGGGAUCAGCAUCGAAAAUAAAAUGCAGAAAAAUAAUUGAAAAAAAUA